UCAUGUUUUAGUAAACAUCUUCCGAAAUACGUUUCCGCCUUCAUUUCCUUCGUUUCCCGUCCCAGUUCUUAUGCAUUGUCGCAUGCAGCGGCAGCCGCUUCUGGUUCCUUUGGUCUCUUUCACUUCCAAUCGAAUACGAUCUCUACGAACUCUCGUCUUCUUUUCCUUCUUUCACUCUUCCAUGGAGACCACUUCUUUCUCCCCGUCGAUCGACUCGACCGAUGCUUCAUCGGCCGCCCCCGGAAAGGAGAUCCUGCGCACCUCCUCCGCUUCUGAAGCCAUCGGCGAGGGAGAGUCGGCGAAGGAGUUCGGAUUCGGGCGAUCGGAGUUCGGGCGGGAUUCGCUUGUGGGGACGGUACAGCUGUACGACCGGCACGUGUUCUUGCGGCACAAGUCGCCCGAAUUUUGGCUGCCUAAUGUUGAGUCGGCGAAGUCUGACCGUCUACCGCAGCUCCUGGCUGCCGCGUUGAAGGCCCGGAAGGGCGAUAUGAAGAAAAAGACUCUUUUAACCAUAUGUGGAGCUACAGAUAUUUCUGAUUCAUCAGAAGGAGAUGUUUUGAUAUUUCCUGACAGGAUUGGAUAUCGGAGAUUGACAGAUGCUGAUGUUGAUAAUUUUGUUGAAUUAGUGCUUGUGAAGGACACUGAAUGGUUACCUGGAGCAGUUGAGACAUUGUCAGGUUCAUAUAUUUUUGUUUGCGCUCAUGGUAGUCGCGAUCAAAGGUGUGGUGUUUGUGGUCCUAUUCUUAUUGAAAAAUUUAAGGAGGAGAUAUAUUUGCGUGGUCUCGAAGAUCAAGUGUUUGUUAGUCCUUGCUCACACAUUGGAGGUCAUAAAUAUGCUGGAAAUGUUAUCAUAUUUAGUCAAAGUAAAACUGGAGAAGUGUCUGGGAACUGGUAUGGAUAUGUUAGUCCAGAUGCUAUUCCUAUGCUACUUGAACAGCAAAUUGGGAAAGGGGAGAUUAUAGAUCAUCUAUGGAGAGGCCAGAUGGGUUUAUCAGUAGAUGAACAAAAAAAAGCUCAGAGCAUUAGGCGCCAGCCAAAUAUUGCAAUUGUGGAGAAUAGAGCCUCAGGCUGUUGCCAAGGCAAUGGUAACCUCAGCUGUUGCCAGAAUGCCACAAUUAUGGCUAAACCAGACGCCAAUCACACCACCGGUGGAAACGACAACGAAAACAACCCUAGCAGCAGCAGCAUAAGCAACAGUAAAAGCGUCAGUCAAAGCGAGAAUUUGAUAUCCACAUGGCUCAAGCAACCAGUGCGAGAUACCUACGCCGCCCUCGCCAUUGUUGCUGCCAUUGCUUCUGUUGCUGGUGCUUAUUUGUACUAUAGGAACUGAAGGUGAUGAUCAGAUCAGGCUUUCUUCUAUAUCGACAGCCAUGAACUUUUGUGCAUGCCAAUGCCUAUAGGGCUGGGCCAAGAUUGAUACAUUUUUAUUUCUUUAUUGUCAUAGAAUAUUUACAUCCGACAUAGAAGUUAUACUACUUGGAUUCUUAAGAAGUUGUUAAGUCAUAUAGGCUUCAUAAAUAAUGGUUGUGUUGUAUCCUUGUUGUUAAUCUCUCAGUUAUGAGAAGGAUGCUUGGCAAAUGUAGUGCUUGUGAUCAUGGAGCUUUAUGUAUUAGGUGUACUUUUA